CUGGACGCGGUUGGGAGGACCGAGUUUGCAUGAUGGAUUAGUUUGAGGAUUUGACGAUGGGAACAAACAUGGCUGAAUCUGGCUGAUAAGGGAAGGCGCUCCUUAUUAUGGGUCAUAUCAAGCACCACCCAGCAGAUAGAUUUCUCUUGCUUUCCCCCCAGACUCGAUACCCUCAUUUGAAUGCACAGGAUUAUUUCGAUUUCCUUCUGGCUGUAACACUACCCACAGACCAGCUUCUAGCUCCCGUCCCAUCUUCACUAGGUAGGAACUUCUUGAUGGAAGAAAGAAAUAGAGCCCUGGACCGAAGGAAUCAAGGGAGAAAAAGUUGGCCGGUUUUCACACGAGGCAGCUCACUGAGGAAGAGGGAGACUGGCCCGGAGACACUUAGUCACGUGAUCCAACCCUUACAACGUCUUUCCCGUUUCCCCCUUUCUCCUUCCUCUUUCCUCCUAUGUUUCUCUAUCUUUGCCCUUCUUGUUAUGGAUAUCAAACGCCAAUUUCCUGGUGUGCACUGGGUUUGGGGAGGGGCAUCUCCUUUGUCUAUGAGGUCCAUCCUCUCAUCGUGGUAAAGGUUCCCAAGUCCGGUCAAGAAGAGAGAGAAAUUCCGAUUCCGGAAAGAGCUCAAGAUCUACGAGAUUCUAUCCCAGCAUCCACCCUGCCCCUCUCUGGUGGAGUGUUUCCACUAUACGACAGACGGGAUCUUCCUUGAGUAUAUGAGAGAUAUC